CUUUCGGAGGGAAAACAACCAUGCGUUAAAAGUGAAAUCGAUGAAUUCUGUGGUGUUUUGUGCUGUUAUUCAUAUAGUUUGAUGAUCAAAUGGGACAAACCAGAUUGAUCAACAUUUCAAAAUGUGUUCAAAAGUUAAAGUUGACCUCCUCAGCACGUCAGCGCUGAAGACGAGGAGCUCCGUGGAGAAAUCAGGAGGAACCCAAGGCAUCAAUUACAGCGUUCCCAGUUCUCCCAGAUCUCCCAGUUCUCCAGUUCUCGUGCUGCUCUCGGGUCAGCGGCGGGCGAUGGAGGCGGUGAGGAUCGUGCUGUCGGUGGCCGGAGGCGCGGGGAACGCGGCGCUAAUGCUCUCGCUCCUGCGCAGCGCGCGGCUGAAGCCCUUCGAGAUGUUCCUCCUCGGCCUGAGCGUGGCCAACCUGGAGGAGAUCGCGGCAGUGGACGUGUACAGUGUGCUGGUCUCGCGCUCCGCCGUCAGCGCCAGCUCUGGGAGGUGCCGAGACCUGAAGUUCUUCACCCUGGUCGGGGAGAUCGGGAGCAUCUUGUUCACGGUGGUCAUCAGCGUGUACCGCUGCCAGAAGCUGCGCAUGCGCGUGAACCGGCCCGUGUUGCUGGACGGCCGGGGUCCGGCCCGCGCGCUCGCCGUGUCCUGCGCGGCACUAGCGCUGCUCUUCGCCUCUCCGACGCUGCUCAUAAACCUGGACUGGGGUCACUCCAACGCCUCGUCUCGGGCCUGCCCGGCGGAUUUCUUCCAGUGCUCGUCCUCCCAAUGCCCGACUCGGAACCGGAUCUACAAGUACUCGUUCCUCCUGCUGUUUAUCCUCGUCCCCCUGCUGGUCGUCACGCUCUCCGGCGCCGUGAUCAUGCGCAUCCUCGUCAUGCGCACUGCCUUCGCCAAUCGCGAGUCCCACGUGCUGCAGAGAGGCGUGUCCGGGUUCCAGCGCAGCACGGUGGCCAUCCUGGCGGCCAUGACGCUCUUCCAGCUGAACUGGACUGUGUACCUGGUCCUGCAGCUGGCCUUUGACCCGAACACACUCCCGUCCUGGUCCCAGCUGGAGUUCCUCGUCACCAGCUUCUACUCCGCCGUCAGCCCGUACGUGUACGGCAUCGGCAACAACCUGUUCAGCCGCACUCGCUUCACCAGAACGACAGGGGCUUAGUGUAGAAACAUGUUUCAUAUGCAACCAUAAGGAGAUAUGAAGCUGUUUACACACACACACACACACACACACACACAGUUACACUUUCCAGCGAGUUCUGUUUGUCAACAUCAGUUAACGUGAUGAACUAUAAAACACAUGUUCAUUUCAACUUAUGAAGUCCAGAGGUGAGAUUCCCCACAACUUCCAUUAAACCAUCAACAUUUGUCAUGUUUUACUGCUUUAUUUACUAGAGGUUUAGUCAUUUUUGUUUAAACAUUUCAGAAAUAAACUCUGUUGCAUUA